AUGAAGUUGAUCAUCUUCCUCACAGUAACCCUGGGCACACUUGUCACAGGACUGGAUUCUAUUUACAGCAGGAAGCACUACAAGCUGCCAUAUAAACACAGAUCACAUCACAAGGAAUGCCCUUGUUUGAAUGGAGGAACCUGCAUUACUUAUUACUUCAGCAAAAUUAGUCGCUGCAUGUGCCCAGAGGGAUAUGCAGGGAUUCACUGCGAAAUAGACACAACCAGCACAUGCUAUAAUGAGAAUGGGGAGGACUACAGAGGAAUGGCAACUGAAGAUGAAUGUCUGCCAUGGGACCUUCCCUCAGUAAUCAGAAGGGGUCAUUACAAUGUUUACUCAAAUAAUGCAUUGCAGCUCGGACUAGGCAAGCACAGCUACUGCAGGAACCCAAAUGGAAGGGACAGACCUUGGUGUUACACUAAAAUGGGAUUCUCCCUUCAAGAAACACCCUGUAAUAUAGAGAAGUGUGGCUCUGCAUGCGGUCAGAGGAGCAUCAACAAGUACUUCAAGAUUGUUGGUGGAAGCCAGGCAGAAAUAGAGUCUCAGCCUUGGAUAGCUGCUAUCUUCCAAAAUAUAAGGGGCAUUGACCAUUUUCUGUGUGGUGGCAGCCUCAUUGACCCUUGCUGGGUGCUUACAGCAGCACACUGUUUUCAUACUCCGUCAAAAAAACCAGAAAACAAAUUCCUUUACAAAGUCUUUCUUGGAAAGCCUAUGCUGAAUGCUACUGAUGAUAAGGAACAAGUAUUCAUGGUUGAUGAAAUCAUAUCUCACCCUGACUUCACAGACGAUACAGGUGGCAAUGACAAUGAUAUUGCUUUGAUAAGGAUAAGAACAACUUCUGGACAGUGUGCAGUAGAAUCCCAAUAUAUCAGAACAGUCUGCUUGCCAGAGAGGAACCUUUACUUAAGAGACAACACCCGGUGUGAAAUAGCUGGCUAUGGAAAACAAGAUCAAUAUGACAUUUACUAUGCUCAAAGACUGAUGUCGGCCACUGUAAAUUUAAUAUCACAGACAAAAUGCAAAUAUGAAUACUAUGACAAUAUCAGAGUUACUGACAACAUGGUCUGUGCUGGAGAUCCCACAUGGAUGACUGAUUCAUGCAAGGGAGAUUCCGGUGGCCCCAUGGUCUGUGAGCACAAUGGCAGGAUGAUGCUUUAUGGGAUUGUCAGCUGGGGAGAUGGCUGUGCAAAAGAAAACAAGCCUGGUGUUUACACCAGAGUUACUCAAUACCUUAACUGGAUUGACUCCAAUAUGAAUGCAGUAAUGACCAAGAGUCACUUUCUCCCUGAACCAAAGUGA